AUGGAUCCAUAUCAUCUCCACUACAACAGCCAGCCUCCACUACCAACAGCAGCAGCAGCAUUGCCGUUGACACCCCAUCCACUUACAGCAUCUUAUCAUCCCGCACAGCACUCGUACCCUGGCAUGAAUCCUUAUGGUGUAUCUCCUUAUGCACCAAUGUCAAGCGAAUACAUGCCAAUGCCACACCAUCAGCAACAACUGUACAUGACUCCACCACAGGUACAUCCGCAGUUGAUAGGUGGCGCUGCUGCACCGCAUUACUAUGUCGAAGAGAAUUCGCUAUGGUCAAGCUUCUUGGAAACUUGUUGCUGCUGCUUUGGCCAUGGCCCUCCACAGACUCCUUUCGAGGCAAUGCAUAGACAAGAAAUGGAAAGAAGGCGUAUGAUAGCCAAGGAAGAGAAAUAUAGAAGAUCACAGUAUGAAAAGGCAUUACGACAAGAGAACCAUCGCUUAUCACUGGUGCAAUCUGCCAAAGUAUCGAGUGAUCAAGCGAAAACUACAGCUACACAAGCAAACACUGCUGCUAAUGCUGCUAGUAACAGCAAUUAA